AAGCCUCGGUCACCGAUCGGUCGGUUAAAAAAUAUCUCGAAACCGGCCCGGCCUCGUUCUUUAGUGCUCGAAUUUUUUCAGUGCGAUGCAAGGAUUGUUUAUGUUGGGUUAUUCGGUCGCUGAUUUGACCCGCGUAGCAGCCCAGCAAGUGUUUCCCCAAACAUGGCGGACGGAAUGUAUUCGAAUUUGUUACAUCUAGAAUGAAAUUAGACCGAAUAAUCGGCACAAAUGAAUAGCUGUAAGUGCGGGAGGUAGCUCGAGUCGUACUUAAUGGAUGUAAGAAACGAUCGUUACAACGACAGGUGAUUCGAGUCUGUGGGGAUUGUGCGGAGACUAAAUGAAAUAGGAUUUUGCCGCGCGCGGCCGAGUCUGUCGGGGCAACCGUGGCGGGGCCCCCAUGGUUGUAAAUGGCUGACGAGAUGGAAAAUGAAGAAUAACAUUCGCCUCUGAUAUUCCGGCCUAGACGUCAAGCAGCCGGGUUGAAAAUGUCGGAGCCAGAGGAGAGUCCGGCUGUGCCGGAUAGUACAACUAAGGAGCAGCGUCUCGGUUUCUCUCAUGGCGAAGACGUUCUUCUCCAGCACAAAGAUGGCAAAUAUUAUCUUGGUACUGUCGUAGAGGUGGAUUUGGCCAGGGAAAGAUGUCUUGUCAAAUUUUUAGACAACACGUCUUCCUGGUCAUCGGUAAAAGAGCUGGCAAAACUGGCAAUGCCAGAAUCAGACGUGAUGUGCGUAUUGUGCAAGAAGUCACAACCCAAGGCUGACAAUGAUAUUGUUGUGUGUGAUAAAUGUGGCCGUGGUUAUCACCAGCUAUGUCAUCAACCGCAAAUAGCUAAGGAAGAAACAGUUCCAGAAGCACGUUGGAUGUGCAAAAGAUGUAUAGACAGCCAACCAAGGACUCGAGAGCCUGCCGAGCCCAAAAACUCAAUGGUCAAGGCAAAUAUUAGGAAAGUUUGUAGUGGCAGAGAUCAGCCUCAGCCUCCGCCUGACGAUAUGACCAAAUUACCUUACGAUCCUGAAAUGCUCAGCUGGGAUGCACAUCAUAGAGUGAAUGCUGAACAAAUCUAUUGCUAUUGCGGUUUGAAUGGUGAAUGGUAUACACAAAUGUUGCAAUGUGCAAGGUGUAAACAAUGGUUUCAUGAAAAAUGUGUCAGCUGCUUGACCUGCCCCCUUUACAGCGGUGAUAGGUUCUAUGUAUUUGUGUGUUCGAUGUGCAAUUACGGUAAGGAAUUUGUUCGUCGCCUGGAGUUGAAGUGGGUCGAUUUGGUACACUUGAUGUUGUACAAUCUGACGGUUUACAAUGCCAAGAAAUACUACGACUUAGAUACUAUUAUAGUACCGUAUGCCAAUGAGAAUUGGAAUGCCUUGCAACUUCCACCAAGGAUACGAGAUGUAAGCUCACAGGUGCGCAGAGAGUCCAUCCUACAAAUAUUGACGAAUAAUAGAAACAGGUUUAAGUGUGGUAGAGAGAUUAAAAAACGCACCACCAUCUGGGGACUGCGGGUCAGAUUGCCGCCUCCUUGUCCAGUGGUGAACCUUCCCACAACUGGCGUCAUAGAUGAUUCUGUGCUUCGCAUGUGUUGGGGGGCUAAUAAAAGACUACAGUACCUUCCACCGCCCACCGAUCCCAAACGUCCUGUGCCAGGAGUUCAGUCACAAGGUGUUAAGGAUGCGAGGUAUAAAAAGGCCAGAAAACUUCUGAAGAACGCCAUUGCUAAGAGCAAAUCGCGAAGCCCGGAAGCCUCGGAGCUGCCACCGACGCCGCCGACGUCGGUUUCCGGUCCGCCAACUCCACCGGCAACGACAUCAUCAGGGAUGUCUGAGCUCUCCGUGCCGAGCUCUAUGGACCUGAUGAACACACUGCCGUCGUCGACGCCGGCGGACACAAGCGGGGACGAAACGAGCUCUCGAGGGACGCUGGACUCGUUCAUCCCGCCGCCGAAGGACUUCGAGGGAAAGAACAACCCGUUCAGAAACCUGACCGACCUUUUGGGCCAGGGUGGCUCGAGCACGCCGCUGGCGUGCGGCAGCUGUCCGAUAACGUUGCCGUUGCCGCUGACCCCCGUCAUAGCACAGCCGCCGGUCGUGCGGCCGGCGAAACGACAGCUCUCGGAGAAGGACAUAGUGAUAGACAGGAAUGGGCAGGUGAAGCGGCGGCGGCAGCACCGGAGAGGACGGCCACCGCACCAGCCGUUCCAGCCGACGGCGAUAAAGACGGCGGCGAUAACGCCGGCGCGGAACAGCGAGGUGAAGAGCGAGUUUGUUCGGAACCUUCGCAGCUCGUUCAACGGCUCGUCGAGUAGCGGAAGCGGCGGACAGAUCGGAAACUGCGUAGACUACGCGCUCAACGGAAGAAGGCUCAGGCAGCGACAAAACGGCGAGAAGCUGCCGCCGCCACCCGAGCCGCAGCCCCUUGUUCAGAAAAAAGGCAGCGUACCCUCCUCCCCAAAGUGUUCACCCGUGAAGCAGAACGCUUCCGACAUAUCUAUGGAUGAUCUCAAGUCCUCGGUUAAUAUUUAUUUCGGCGCUGCGAACAGGAUCGCCGCCGGUGAGAAGUUUGUCGUUAGGGCUAAACGCGUCGCCGCUAACGGGCAGACACAGUAUCUCGUUGAAUGGGAGGGUCCGAACACCUAACGAUCGAAUGUCCCUUCUUAAGUCUCACACUCCGGACUAAUCUUUCAUUAUAAUGUAUAACAAAGUCAAAUUGUUCAGUGUUUUAUCGAUGGAAUACCUGCAAUUGCUGUCAGUCUUUACGCGAUAAGAAUAUCAGAGUUCGGACUAUAUUCACUGAUGUCUUUAAUGGGUAUCCUUAACUGAACCGCAUACCUAUGUCUCUUUAAUGUAUAUUGUGCGACUGUUUUUGUACAUGAAAUUGUUGCGUGAUUCCUGUCCAUUUUAUCUUUUAUACAUCAAAUUUACUACUACUACUACUAAUUAUCAUCAUCAUUAUUAUUAUUAUUAUUAUUAUCAUUAUUAUUAUUAUUAAUAUUAUUAUUCUUUGUCUCCACUUCAUGUGACAGACAUUUUAUCGCAGCAAAUUAAAAUUCCUGGUCCAUCGCUGGCUGAUGAAUCGAUCAGGUAUUUUAAUUCGAUCUAUUUUGUUCUACGUUAUUAUAGGUUUGUAUAUACCUCCUUAAUCAUUAUUUUACUGUUGAAUUAUUCCAAAUCGAUUCUCAAUAUAAUGCAGUUGGUCACCAUUCACUUACGUUACUGUACUCUCUUUCUCUCCGAAUGAAAUUCCGCCUUCACAAUGUAUGCUUACCGAUCUUUCAUUUUCCCGUAUAAUGCACAAGUUUAAACUGAGCUUGUAAAGUUCAUACUUUUCACGAUUUUCCUACUUUCUAUACCUUUUCACUUUUCACUGUGUCAACAUUUGCUUUUAUUCAACAGAUGCAUAUUUCAUCUUUUUUCUUUUUUGCAAUUCGCCUUUUUUCCAGGCAAACUUAUCGGGGGACAAAUAUGUGAAGUGAAAGGAAAAUUCUUACUCGAGCUUAUAUCAUUAACUCUACGGAUUUCAGUGGAAAGAAAAACUUGGCAUUAUUUAUCGCAUGACUCGAUUUGGGUUUUGAAAAGAAAAAGAAAAUUAUCCGAUGCGUAAUUGGACUUAUUUUCUAGCAACAAUAUAUUACAAAAACACUCAAGCAUAUCACUUAUUAUCUAUUGUAAAUAGUGUAGUAUAGUAGUUUAAAACAAAUGUUGGUGAAUGUGGCCCGAGCUGCCUGUGCAACCGAAUGAAACCGAAAGUUCCAUAUCAAUGAAACAAACAAAGAAUAAGAAAAAAUAGUAGAUUGUGCAUCCAGGAGACGAAGUAGGUCUUUUUACGCCGGGCCUAAGUUCGAAAAUACGCGUGACGGAAAAAAUCCUCCAUGGUGCUCACGAUGUAUUAUGUAACAAAAGUGUGGUUUUCAAGUUUAUCUUUUAUAACGGAGUAUAAAAAAGAGCACUUUCCAGUACUAGGACCUAAAAGCGCACUUUUUUGUACUCCGAUGCUAUUUUUCUUAUAUUGCCGCAUGAACGAUUACUUUACGCACGAAAUGCGGGCAAAAAAAGACGCGCAAACCAUGCUGGUGUUACAUAAAUAAAUAAACAAACCGUGUAUGUAUACGUUGUUGAAGACAUACCAUAAUAAACAAUGCUGAAAGUUGUUCUGCACUAAAAAAAUCUCCAGAUACGCAUAGAAAGAAAAUGUAAACUGUGUCCCGUAAAAUAAUGUUUUGAUGAUUUUUGGGAAUCCGACUUCUCGAAAUUUGAUAAAUCUCACUUGACAAUUUUACAAAAUUACGUACCACGAUUUUCAUUUAAUCAUUGUUUUCCCCCUGUUUUGUUUUGUGUAAUGACGUAUAUUUUUGAAAUUUAAUGAAAUGCAAACAACCUCAUUUUCUAUGUAUAUCUGAACACAGACCGCUUAUUGCAGCAACUCGGAGUAACGCGACGAUGGAAAUCAUACCUGCUCACCAGAGUUAUUUUUCAAUACGAUGCGAUUGUAGAUUUAGCCUUUGAUCUCUGCAUAUUCAUAUUCUAAGAUUGAAACGAAUUACAGCCUGCGAUUGGUUUGCAGAGUUUGUUUAUUGCAGUUCAUAACAACUGAACCGAAAAAUGAACAUUCGCACGCCAGCAACGAAUCCGAUCGUAGCUAGUAAAUGUGCAGUCUCAGCAUUGCUCACUGUCUGACACAAGACUAAAACAAACUAGGUAUAAUCUGUCUGUCUGAAUAUAUUAGUAUACCAAAAUAAUAGCUCAUUUUUAAAUUACACAGUUAUGUUUACCCGGCUGAGCUGACUGUGCUGCAGGUGCAAAUAUACGGCUAAACGAAUCAGCCACAUACUUCCAAGUUUUGAUCGCAACUCUUCGACAUGUGUUGGGCGAUUUUUUUAAUGCACUCAAGCAUAUACACCACAGCAUAAAUGACUAGAAAGUGAUUAUUUAUCAUUAAAUACAAAGUUGCACAGUAUUCUCAGUUGGGGCUUUACAAUAAUAUAAUAUAUAUAAUUAAUUAUUCCGGAGCAUUUAAAUUAGGAGAAAGGAAUACAUUUAAAAAAAUACCCUAAUGUACUAGCAAAUUUUAUGUGGUAUUUCAAAUUAUAGGAGCUUAUUAGAGAAUUUAAAAAAAAAAAAAAAAAAUAUGAGAAGAAAAAGAAAUACGAAUCUAGCCUUUGUUGUCUCAGAACUGUUUUUAAGAGUUGAAUAAUAAUUCUUUUUUUUAAAUUUCUAUUAUCAUUUUUGUUAUUUUUUUUUUUUCCUUUUUUUUCAUUUUUCCCCUUUAUUUAUAUACAUACAUACAUACAUACAUACACAGAUGCAUGCGCGCGCGCGCGUGUGCGUGUCUGCGUAUGCAUGUGUGUGUAUAUAUAUAUACAUAUGUACGACAUUGUGGAUGGCACAGUAUAAUAAACCAUAAACAAUAAUGUAUUACAAUUGACAGUAAUACUUGUAUAGAAUAGUUUUAUGUAUAUGUAUAGAUAUGAAAUUCAUCUCUAUACAUAUAUCUGACUAUAAUGAGUAUUUUUACAUACCUAUACCUAUUAUAAUAAUUAUUUAAUAUCUCUACGUAUUAUAUUUUUAUUAUCAUUGUUAUCAUUAUUAAUAUAAUUGUGCGUUUUAAUUUUGUUCAUUCAGUACGAACGUACAGUAUUGCAGUACAAAACAAACGAAGAAUAAAUUUAAAAAAAAAAAAAUUACAACGAGGGGGUUUCAAAUUUCAACAUUUUUGACCGGAAUAAUAAAUUCUAAUAGCUUUGUCAUAUAUAUUGUAUUAUAUGGUAUACAUAUAAUACUUUAUAUUAAUCACAAUACGUUACACGUUGUGUUGAUUGCCGCGCAGGUUUUUUUUUUUUUUAACUUUCAUGCGAAGUUUACGCUAGUAAUGCAGGUUUUCGGGUAAAUCAAUGAAUAGAAAAAUAUCUCAUUCAAGGUAAUUCGACUAGGAAAUACUAGGGGCAAUGCUGUUUAUUAUUAUCAUUAUUACUAUUACUAUUAUCAUUAAGAUUAUUGCGAUUAUUAUUAUUACUAUCGUAAUUAUUAUUGCUAUUAGUAAUAUUAUUAUUUUAUUGUUGAAAUCAGUACUGCGCUGUAGCCUUUAGGCAAUAUUGUUUCUUCUCUAGGAAAAUGUGUAGGUAAUAUUGGACGGAAACAGGAAACGUACACUGCCAAACUUCUAAUUUAUAUCGAGAAAAGAAAAAAAAGAAUGUUAGAUAUUGAUUAAUGAUUAUUACUUUUUUCGUACAUACAUAUAUAUAUAUAUAUUUUUUUUUUUUUUCUUCUUUUUUUAUUUCAAUUUCUAAAUGUAAUAAAUCAUCGACUUUUAGUUUUUUCGUUAAUAUUAGAAUUAAAUGUGAUAUAUCCAUUAGAUUAUAAAGGAUGCGGUGUAUCACAGAAGAUAAAGUACGAGCGAGUACAAGUUUGAAGGAGGUUCGUCGAUCGUUUGUAAAGUGAAGAAAAAGGGAAAAAAGAAGAAAACGAAAAAGACUUUUAUUUAAAUUAAUUGAUGUCUGAAAUAUAAUGUAUGAGUCUAUAAGAUAAUAAUUUUGUAUGGUAUGAUCAUAAUGCGACAACAACAGAAAAAACUAAACUGAUCUAAAAAGAAUCAACAAAAAUUUGGUAUAUAUUGUACCAUUGUGGUAUAUACUUGAUUCUGUAAGAAUAAAAAAAAAAAAACAAAAACUAAUAACAAAAAAUCAACAAUAACAAUAUGUCAUCCAUGAUAACAAAAAAAUAUUUUAAGUACUCCUUCAAAUUCCAAAUGAAUAAUAAUAAUAAUAUGAAUGUUUUCUUAACGCUUGAGCUUACAGUGUUGGUACAUUCGUUUGUUCGUUAUUUUACCUAUUCGUCAAAACGAUCACAUAUGAUUUAUUUUCAAUAGAUUUAUGCACCUGUCAAAUUUUUCCGCUAAUUUUAUAAUUUCCAACAACGGCGAAAUGAUAGAAACAGAAUGGAAAAACCUAACCAACACCCUGAAAAAUCGCUCGCGGCAAUUGUUUCAUAAAUACUAUUAUUUUUGUACUAGUCAUGGGUACUAGAAUUAUUUUCAAUCAUGCAUUAUACCGAUCUACUUUA